GCAAGUUUACUAUAAGCUAUAAGAGGGAAGUGAAACUGUUAUAGAGCAAGCGCAACAACACAAGGAAGCAGGAACCAUUGCUUAGAUCUGUGAGCGAUCGGCUGCCGUCAUGGGGGAGUGGUCCUUCCUAUCGGAGAUGUUGGACAAGGUCGAAUCACACUCGACUGUAUUUGGCAAGGUCUGGAUGAGUGUUCUUUUCAUUUUCAGAAUCUUCAUUCUCGCAGCUGGCGUGGAACGAAUAUGGGGAGAUGAACAAGCCAACAUGGACUGCAACACCAAAAGCCCCGGCUGCAAAAAUGCUUGCUAUGAUGCGUCCUUCCCCAUAUCUCAUACACGCUUCUGGGUUCUCCAGAUCCUCACUGUCUCAACACCUACUUUCAUCUAUCUGGGUCACGUCCUGCUUGUUAUUCGCAAAGAGAAUAAGCUCAGGAGACACUUGGAGCAAAAGCGGGACUCAAAUUGGAUAAUCAAAUCUCCUAAAUAUUCUGAUGAACAUGGCAAGGUGAAGCUGAAAGGCUUUUUGUUGGUCAGCUAUAUGAUGCAGCUUCUGUUCAAGAUCUUGCUGGAAGUGGCCUUCAUUGUGGGUCAGUACUUUAUCUACGGCUUCAUUCUCAUGCCUGAUAAGAUUACGUUCCAAGGCGGAAGCUGUCAGACUGACACAAACUGCUUCAUCAGUCGUCCGGCAGAAAAAACUGUGUUCAUCAUCUUCAUGUUGGCGAUGGCCGUCCUCUCUGUGGUGCUCAACAUUGCUGAAAUGUUCCAUCUGAUUAUUUCAAAGAUGUGCCAGAGGAAAAGGAGGAGCAUUGGUUUAAAUCUUAGCGACUAAAUUUGCCAAGUUAACAAUAAGGCAGGUCAAAAAGCCACAAAUAGAAUUUCAGUUGGUUGUUUUUAAUUUUAUGCAAUUUUUUUUUAAAGUCAUCCUUUCCUUAUAAAUACAACAGAAAACAUGAAAAGUACAAAACAAUGAGACAAAAAGUUCACUAUAUCGUUAAGGGCCCAUAUUUGGUAUUUUAGCCACAUCGUGUAAGACAUUUGAUUCCUCACAAGCAAUAAGCAGAGAAAAAUAUUGAUGAAAAAGAAUACUGUCCAAUAUAACACAAUAAAGGACAUCGAAAUGAUAGAGGGACACUCUGAGUUAGUACGAGUCCAAAUACAUUUUUAGAGGGAAAAAUGCCUUUAAAGUCUGGACUGGAUUAUACACAUCCCAAAAACAUGCAUGGUAGGUUAAUUGACAACUCCAAAUUGCCCUUAGGUGUGAAUGUGAGUGCGAAUGGUUGUCUGUUUGUGUGUGUCCUGCGAUUGGCUGGCAACCAGUUCAGGGUUUACCCCGCCUCCUGCCCGAUGAUAGCUGGGAUAGGCUCCAGCAUGCCCGCGACCCAAGUGAGGAGAAGUGGCUCAGAAAAUGGAUGGAUGGAUGGAUGAAGGUUACAGUAUGCUUUAUUCAUUUCUGACUUUUCGGAGAAGCCCAGUAAGGCAGCUCAAAUUUGAUUGAAUUCAGUUUGAAUUUACUCAUUCCUGCUCAAAAUGGUGAAAUGUGGGCGGCUGACUGAGGCUGAAUGAAAGGUCCUCAUUAAAGCAUUUCAUGAUGCUGAUUGGUCUCUGUGACAGAAAUGACAGGUGGUGUAAUUUGUUAAGCACUAUACAUUUUAACAUUUUAUGUUCUCAUACUUGUUUAAAUUAACACUGAUGAUGAUUUUGUAAGUGCAUUCAGUUGUAAUUUUGAUUUUUUUUUUUUUAAUCAAAUACAAUAUGUGUUGGAGAGAAUUAUGGCAAGCUAUUUUACAACCCCAGUUUCAAUGAAGUUGGGACGUUGUGUUACACAUAAAUAAAACAAGAAUACAAUGAUUUGCAAA